AUGGAGCUGCUUCUGGAGCUCCUUUUGACCGUAUUGUCCUCUCUCCUCAUUGCCUUCUUCUUUAGCAAGAUCGUAUCCGUUUCGUCCUCCAACAGUAAGGAUCCGGACGCCCACCUUCAUCCGGAAGGUCUCCAGUCGUUGCCCGGGCGAUCAUCGACGAGCGCUGCGACGCACGGGAUAGAAGGGGACGCCGAAGUGAACCGUGAAUGGUUCGAAGGCUUGGACGAGGCUCGGGAAAGGGCGGAUACCUGCAGGGAUGAAUGCAUUGGGACGAGGUUCGAAGAGAGUAUCCAUCUCGAGGAUCAGUAUGUGAAGGAAGUAGUUGGGGGGUCCCAGGAGGUGAGAGCUGAGGACUUGGACGUCAAGAAGGUUGAUAUCCAAGGAAACCCUGAUGCUGCUGUGACAGAGAUAGAAGAGAAUUUGGGAACGGAAACGUCGGGGGAUGGAAUUGAAAAUAUUGCCAGAUGUAUGACUGUGGAAGAAGAGCCAUUGGAUGAAGAUCGGAAAAUAAACUUCUCUCUUUCACCGGAUGAAGAAGAGGCAUUCCAAGUGCCAGAUAUACGCGAAGCUGGCACGGAAUCCGUGAUUGACGGGGCAAGGGAUGCCCUGCUCGGAACUGUUGAUGUAAAGGUCGCAAAAACUGAUAUAGGAUCGAUGUUCAACGAGGACGACGACUGGGAGGGAAUCGAGAAGAGUGAUGUCGAGAAGCUCUUCGGUGAAGCGGCAGAAUUUGUCGGCAGCACCGAGGGAAAUGAAGCGUUGUCAGAGUUGAGUAAUGAUCUGCAAAUGCAGCUAUUCGGUCUCCGCAAGAUCGCGACGGAGGGCCCUUGCUACGAGUCUCAGCCCUUGGCUCUGAAAGCUUCGGCUCGUGCUAAAUGGUACAACUGA